UCGUAGAGUUGGACUAUAAUUUUAGUGGUGUCCAUUGUUAAGAUAUUUCAUCUUGUAACUAGUUCUUGUUAAUCGGUAUCGAAGUUUUAAACACUCUACGACACCGACAGUUACGGAUUGUGUUCAUCACUUCAAUCAUUAAAUUUAAUGUUUUUAGAUUAGUAAUAAAAAUGUUAGAACCUAGCAGGGUCAAUAUUAUGUCAUCUUGUCGGAUUUGUUUGUCAAACAAAAGACCACUGUGCCCUCUUUUUAGAUAUGAAUUAUCUGGGAACUAUGCAGAAAUGCUUACAGCAAUUGCAGACGUUAAGGUUGCGUCUAAUGAUGGACUCCCAGAAAAGAUUUGCAACAAAUGUUGUACAUCAUUGGAAAAGGCCUAUCUUCUCAAAACAGUUGCAGAACGAUCAGACAGGGAGCUUAGAAAAUUGCGUGUGAGGGAUAGCAAAAAUGUAUCAACUAAAAAGAUAGCUUUUGACUCAUUUACUGAUAUAAAAAGUGAGAUUGGCCCCCUAGCUGUUAAGAAUGAGCCAAAAUGGGAAAUGGAAAUUGAUACAUCAAGAGCCAAUAUACAACCAAACAUUGAUGUAGUGGAACCUAAAGACAUAGUUAUUGCUGAUACUAUUAUAAGAAAGGUAGAGUCAAAUGAACCCAACUCGAAUAAUAAUUUUGAAGCUGAUAAUGACUUUUUUGAUGAUGAUGUAUAUCUUGAUGAUGAUGAUGAUGACUAUGUACCCCCAACAGAGAAACCAAAACCUAAAUUCAAGAAACCCAAAUUGUCAGAAAUCAAGGUUUUCAAGGGCAAAAAACCAAUUGUCAGAAAAGUUAAGGUUAUAAAACAAUUCAAGCAAGAGCCAUAUGAAGAGUCAAGUACUAUUGUCAUAGAUGACAAGAAAUCAACAACUAUAACUUGUUAUCCAAUUAUGAAAAACGGCACCAAAGGUCCCGCUAUCCUGCUCAGAAGGCCAAAAGAUGCCACAAUUUUAAAGGUUCAUCCUAAUUACAAACAUAGGAAUGCAUCAAAAUCUGAUUAUAGAGGCAUAAAACGGGAAAAUAUAAGAAGAGUAAAGAGCGCGAAGCCCAUAUCAAAGGAAAGAGAAAAACUUGUUUGUCCUGUAUGUGGUAUAUUGACAUAUACUCUUGGAAAUCAUAUAGCUACGCAUGAAGAAAAGAAGAAAUAUACCUGUUCUGAAUGCCCUAGAUCUUUUGUACAAAAAAGCAACUUGCUGAUUCACAUCAAGCAACACUCUGGUGUAAAGGAUCAUAUUUGUGAAGUGUGCGGAGCAGGAUUUUAUACACAGAAGUCAUUGGUUAGGCAUAAUCUCAUUCACAAAGGAGAAAGACCAUUUCAAUGCAACUUAUGCUCGAAGAAAUUCAUUGCACGGUGUGAUUUAAAUCGGCAUCUUCGCAUCCACGCCGGGUACAAGCCUUACAAGUGCACCACUUGCGCUAUGUCUUUCAACGCGAAGCACCAGUUGCAGAACCACGAGCGAAUGCAUACUGGAGAACGCCCUUAUACCUGUGAAGUGUGCAGCGUAGCCUUCAGUUACAAAGUAAACCUUAACAACCAUGUAUUUAAGGUUCAUGGUAUCAAUUUGAAGUUUAAAUCGAUACACACAGUGACAGAGGAUAUUCUGCGAAAGGAAUUGGGCAUGAUGACAGAAGCAGGGGAAGCUAUUGCCCAUAUCAUGCCGCAACUCAGUGACGUACCCACCCCCGGUGCACACGAAACUGUGCACCACACCUCGGACUAUAAUUCUUAACCCUCUAUUAGUAAAAUGUUUAUUUUAAUGUAAAUACACUGCUAAACUAAAGUCAAGUUCGGAAAUGUGUUCUUUUGCACACAACCAAGAGUCAUCAAAAUUAAUAAAAUUGUUAAAUUUAAUAUUUCCACUUCAAUUUUGCACAGCAAUAUAAUUUAAUAGAUACAAUUAUUCUUUAAUACACUAAAAACACUAUGCGGUAAUUGAACAUUCUUUUCCCAAUUUGGCUCCAGUAUAGACUCUAAUAUGGAAAGUUUGAGGCUGAUCUAUAAAGCUACUUAACCUCGUCUUAGUAUUUACUAUGGCAUGGUACUUUAAAGCUACCUUCGAGUCAGUGUUCUAAGUGCGAACUACGCAAAGCCUAAGUUCACAAAAUUGAUUUGCAACUGAGGUCGCCAGCAAUACAGCAAAAAAAUAACCUGCACGUGACAAAGUAAGAAUUUCUUUGUUUAAAUUUAGGAUACCUUAACAUUUGAGCCUUCCAUACAAUAUUAACGAACAAGCAGAACUAAAUUUGAGUGCAAUUUUAAAUGAUAAUUAAAUUCAGUUAUUGUUGACCUUUACCUAAACCGAAAAAAUAUAAAUUAAAAAUUUUAUAAACCACCGACUUUCUAAAGUAUAGUAGUAUUCUACUACUCAAGUACUUUCAUUUGAUACCCAUAUUGAGGGAGUUGUGAAAUAAUAUGUUGUCCGCCAUUUUGUGGCUGAGGCCAUCUUGGACCGAUUUUCAUUAAACAUAGCUAAGAGCUUACCGACUAAUUCACCUUUAAAAAUCAAAGCAAAUCGAAAUUGGUUAGAAUUAAAUAAUUUAAGUUAAUUAAUUAAGUUUUUGUCUUAGCAAAAUCUCAUCGUAAUGCGUUAUAAAUAAAAGAUUAUGCUGAUCAAAAGCCUAGCCAAGUAAGUAUACUAAGAUAAGGCUAGGGGAUAUAGCCAGAACGUUAGUCUCUAUGUACACCAAUUUCCACUUUAUCACCUACUAUUAAAUCAUGUGGCUCGUACCUACUGUAAAAGUGUGUCGAAAUGUAUUUAACAAUAAUAUGUGUUAUGCUAAAACUAAAAUGAACUUAAAAUUAAAUAAUAAAACUGUGACAGUAAUUCCAUAAUAUAUAUAAUAUCCCUAUUGUUUUGUUGACUGAAAGUAAUACCACACGUUGAAUUUAGUUUCACUGUUUCAUGACAUAAGUAAAUAAGCUAUAUUAAAAAUGUGUGUGAAUAUUCAGUAGUUUAACGUGUAAAAGAUGUCUUGGGUACGAAUCUCAUCAAACAGGCCUAAUAAAAUCGUAUAGCAAACAAAAGUAAAGUGACAAUAGCCUGUCAAGUGGCCAUAAUUUAAAGUUUAUGCUUUGUCCAAUUCAGGAUGAUAGUUUUGACAGCUGACAGUAGGGUAGGGUAUUGAAUAAUCGUUAAUGAACCUAAUUGAUUAUCGAUUAUUGAUUCCAUAGAACUUCUAAUCGAUAGUUUCAUUGCAAUGCUGUAUUCAGACAGGUUAUAAUUUAUUUAUUUUUGAUAAAAUCAUUGCCAUCUAGGAAUUUUACAUGCUACACUACACACUAAUAAUCAUGUGUAAUGAUUUCUAAUUUUAAAACAAAAAUUUUUUUUUAUAUUUGCCAUAGUUUUUUUUUCACGCAUUAAUAUUUACAAAAAAUUGUGAGAUCUGGUUCGUUAUGUGUGCUAUUCACUAAUUGGGCAGUACCCAUAAAUGAAGUACGUCAUUAUUUUACCGGAAUAUAAUACGAAACUUGGCGGACCUGCCUAUAUCAUCAUCCUAUAUCAGACAAAGUAUAGUGCCCCCGAUGGAAAAUACGCUACUAGAAUGCGAGACUGACUUUAAUAUUGUGUCAUCGUCAUCAUCAUCAUCAAUAGCCCAUAACAGUCCACUUUUGGUCUAAAGGCCUCUCCUAAUUGGGCAGUCAGAGGACACUACCAGCUAUCAAUUAAAUUCCCUUAUUCACCUUGUACUGCACCCACGAAAUAAUAAUAUUUUUAAUGUGUAAAUUGUUAAGCGGCGCGUUUUUAUAUGAAUCGUCGUUUUGGUUUUUUUUCUGUAAUGUUUAAAGAAAGCAUUUUAUUUUUUUUAUACCGCAAAGUGCAUGAGUUAAGUUGUUUCAAUGUAAAUACAUUUUAAAUACAUUGUUUACAAGAUUC